UGUUCAUUUUGCUUUGGACAGAAUUACCUCAACGGUGGCAUGUGACAUGGACCUCUCCAAGUACCCAAUGGAUGAGCAGGAAUGCAUGUUGGACUUGGAGAGCUAUGGUUACUCUUCAGAGGACAUUGUCUACCACUGGUCAGAAAACCAGGAUGAGAUCCAUGGGCUGGAUAAGCUGCAGCUUGCUCAAUUCACAAUUACUAAUUACCAGUUUACAACAGAACUGAUGAACUUCAAAUCUGGUCAGUUUCCCAGGCUGAGUCUCCACUUCCACCUUCGACGAAAUCGAGGUGUUUACAUCAUUCAGUCCUACGUCCCUUCCAUCUUACUAGUGGCCAUGUCCUGGGUGUCCUUCUGGAUCAGUCAGUCAGCUGUGCCUGCCAGGGUGUCAUUAGGCAUAACUACUGUUCUUACAAUGACUACACUGAUGGUCAGUGCCCGCUCUUCGCUUCCACGAGCAUCUGCCAUCAAGGCACUUGAUGUUUACUUCUGGAUAUGCUAUGUGUUUGUCUUCGCUGCACUGGUAGAAUAUGCUUUUGCACAUUUCAAUGCUGACUACAUGAAAAAGCAGAAGAACAAGAUCAAAGCGAGAAGGCAGAGUGGAGAGAUAAACGUGAAGAAUGCCAUUGUUCUGUUCUCCCUCUCCAUAGCUGGUGUGAACCAGGAACUGGCCAUUUCCAACAGGCACCACCGAAUCCCCAGAAGUCUGCCUGGAUCAUAUGGCACAAUAGAAAUAGAGACUGGAGAGACUAAACAGCAGCAAGAGAUGAAACUGGACAAAAAGAGCGGUCUGAAAUCCCUCUUUAAGCCCAUUGAUGCUGACACCAUCGAUAUAUAUGCCAGAGCAGUGUUCCCAGCAGCCUUUGCAGCAGUCAAUGUUAUAUACUGGGUUGCCUACACAAUGUAAAAAGCCCAGAACUUUGUGAAGAGCUCAGCAUUGAACAGUACCUACACACUAAACAGUCCUUGCUGAAACUGUGCUGUACCAUCUCUUCUCAAAACAUUUUCCAAUGACCUUGAGACAUUUCUGGUCAAGAAACUCCUGCAAUCAAUUCCUACUAAAGCAGCAAGAAAAACAGUUUGUUACCAAUCUGAUUUGACAUAUUAAGAACUGUACUCUGCUCAACAUCCCAGCUCCUUUUGUUUCCUCUCUUACCAUGAGAAAACAUUUCAUAUGUACAUAACUGCAGAAGUUUAAAUCUUGAACUACCAUGUUUUGUCUCCACCUGAAGCGUUGGUAAGUAAUGAAGGUUUAGCCUCUCACACUCAGAGCAUUUCAUUUUUCAUAGUGGAACAGCUAAUUCCCAGCUUCCACACAAGUGAUUUUCUGUGGAAUGGUCUAACUUCAAUGCAAGUGGCAAAGUUGGCAAUUUUAAUCACAAAAAUCCCAUGAUAAAAGUAAAAAUAGAAGUGAGUGGGGGUUUAUUGAAUUUUCCUUUGUCUUAGAUAAAGUAUUGAAAACAUUUCAGUGCUCUUAGUCACAGCAUGAAAUAAAAUACACUACAUAGAGUUCUACUGAAUUGUUAAUAAUGAAAGCAUUACAUUUCAGAUCUAAGCUAAUGAAAGAUUUAACACUCAAGCAUAGCAACCUUCGGUACUUCAGUGUGCCCCAAAGCAAGCAAAAGUGAUUCAGAAACAGGGAAAGCUCAGCCUUUCUGCAUUGGAUCACUAACAAUUUCAGAGGUGCUUGGUAAUGAAGAAACUCAAACUCCAUUUUCAGAAAGGAUUUUAGAAUUUCUUCUAUUAGUUUCAGUGACAGUCUGCCCUACGUGCCUCUGAAAAUCUCCUUUUUGCAUCUGGCACUAAAUAGCUGAGUGAAGUUCAAAGAUGUCAUCAAUGGCUUUAAGUCAUUGAUCCAUCCAGCUUUGGAUAUUUUUGCAGUUUUUAUUCAGUGGCUGACAUAAUGUUAGGCUUCUUCACUUCCUUUAUUUGACAGUGAAAUGUAUGAGAACUCAGACACACUCCUUAAUUCAAUACUGGAUUCUCUCACCUACUCAUACAAAUAACACUUUGUUCUGUGAGUAACUCCAGGGAUCCGGGCAAAUGAAGGCAGUAUUCACAACAAAUACAAGUUUCAUAAUUAAUCUCUAUCAAAAAAGAACAGUAAAUAGAUUGGGAUAUAGAUUAAAACAACAGACGUAUUUAAGACACUUUUUUGGAUUUUUUUUUCUUCUUUUUUGGGGGGAUUCUGGUGCCUUGAAAGAGAAAGGUUGUCCCAAACCUAGAGAAAGAAGAUGCAACAGAAAAUAUUACAUGACAGAGGGAGGGAAUGAGAGAGGCUAAGGAGAUGGCUGAAAGCUCUGGAAGGGAGCAAGGGGAGGUGCAAGAUGAAACAGGACACAAGCUGUAAAUGAGAGAAGAGCUUGGAAGAUGGGCAUGGCUGAUGAGUGACAGAUGGAAUUGCAAUGAGGAGGAAGCAAGCAUUGGCUCACAUAUCCCUCCCACCUUACCUACCUGUGACACACGGCUCAAUUUCAUAUGACCAGAACUGAAAGAGCAUUCUAACACAAAUUUAUAACUUCAAAAGAGAUUUGCUCAAUAUCACUGAGGCAAGAGAAUGCACUGAAGAAAAAUUAAUGAUACUGAACUAUAAUAUGAACUAUGAUCCAUCAUAAGUCAGGCUGAGGAUCACGUGGAUGAUUUCUGUUCUAAUGGAAACACUUCUUGCCAGCCAUGUGCUGGAAGGUGCAAACCAUCAUCCAGCUAUAUUUUUUCCAGAAAGUUCUUAUCAGUCUGGCCCUGGACUGAGGCACCUGGAUUUUGCACUAAGCUCUUGCCACUGACGUGGGGAUGAGCCUUCCUGGAGUCAUUUCAUUGCAUCAUCUGCAAAAUGGGUAUAAUUAUACUCAUUUCUUUACUAAGUCUUUGAGAUCUACAGAAACAAAUUCCUUUUGAGAAACACAGAAACUGUCAGGCUCCAACUAGGUGUGUGCACUCAAACAGUGCUUGUGUGCUGCUAUUUACCAUAGUUCCUGAGUCUUACACACUGAAUUAAACAUUCAAUUUCAUCUUACUCAGAAAGCUAAUAAAAUUGUGCAUCUCUCAUUAUACGUGAAGGUAAUCAGGGCUCCUUUCUGAAUCCAGCCAGCUUCUCUAGCUAUUAUCAUUGCCUUUCAGGGUAAGUAACUACAGCUAAAAGGGAAAUGGCUGACUAGAUACAGCAGAGAAAAUAGUGGUAGCAAGUUCUUAUGGAAUGUAAACCAUAAAGUAAUCCAUGAUUUUGGGAUUAAAGCUAUUACAGAACAGGAAAAAAGAGUGACCUGGUCCCUGUAGUGUACAGCGGCUGGUUAUUUAGGGUAAUUAGUGAGAAAGUGGCUGCAGACAUUCUAAAGGCAAUGUCUAAUCUAAUUACUUCAGCAGUAAUAGUUUGUAGUUGUGCACCUGACACAACUCCUUACCCUGAAGUCAACUGAGGUAAUCACAGGGGGUUAUUGGACAAAAUUAGCUGCUUCUCCACCUGGGUGCCAGUCACCGGCUGCACACCCUGCUGGCUUCUUCAAAAGGUUUAUUCAAUGCAUUUUUCUGUAUUUGACUGCAGAUCUUCAAGGUGCACAGCUAUUUGUGAGUGAUAAGGCAAAGGGUGGCUAUGGUCUUCCUCUCAAAAAAAUCCACAAACCUAACAACAAAAACCACCAAAACCACAACCCAGGGCAAAACAAAACAAAGAAAUAACACCAAAACUGAAGCCAGAAUGCUAGGCAGUCACAAUGCUGUAGACAUAAGCAUAAAAAAAGGGGGGGGGAGGAAAACUCAGAAUAUUUCAGGAAGUCAGAAUGUGAGACUACACGUGGCAGUUGUGUCCACUCCAGGAAUGAGGUGACUCAGAGGGGAGAACAGGUGUUCCUGCUGCUGCACUUGCAGAGCAGCACAAGACAGAACACCUCCAUUGUGAAGUUAUAGUUUAUGAAAUAUAUUUCCAAAGCCAGAAAUAAAGCAGAUGCCAUUCAGAUUCUUUUACAGGAGGGACUUUAGUACAGGAGUAUUGUGUAAUUAUUGGAAUUUUGAAUAAAACUGAAGCUUCUGUACAUUUGAGAUUGUUGCAAGUUUUUGGGUCUUUUUCCCAUUUGAAAACCAUUAUACAUUAUUAAUAUCUGAGGACAACGCCCUAAUCAACUCUAUUUUUAUGGCACACUUAAUAAACAGAAGUAAGCUCAAUCUGAUGUCACUGGAAGGCUAACAAGCUUUGGAUGGGUUGUACUAAUAUCAGGAAGGAAAUAUAUAUAUAUAUAUAUGAGAGAUGUACCUGGAAGAAUUUAUAUUCCUUUCAUCAAAUUAGAGUACUCAAUGUGAAGUGUUAAUAAAGCAUAGUUUGUAUAGAAGUUGUAGCUCCUAUAAAACGGACAAAGUCGACAUUCCAGCUAUUGAACCGAAAGAUAAAAGACAUUAUAAGGAAAAUCAAAAUAACCUCAGGGAUUUCAUCCCAUAAUGAAGUCUUGCCUUUUCAGCACCCAGGGGCUCAUAAAAUUCUCAUUUGGCUUUGACAACAGAAGAGAAAGGACCAUUCUGUACUCACGAGUGCUUUCUGUGGGGCUCUUAUGCAGACUGCUGGAUUUAUGUUAAAAAAUAGCUGUUGCUACCUAAAGAGGUUGAAAAGAAACAGAAGGCACAAGACGAAGAGCAAGACGCUGCAUCAUUAGUUUGAAAGACAUGCUUGCAGUGACAGCACUAUUAAAAGGUUAAUAUACAGAUAAGCAUGUCUUGUUUCUGGGCAAGAAGGAAGCAUUUAUUCAAGUUAAAGUAAAAGCUCUCACAUCAGUUCUUAACAGGGUUCCUAAUCCAACAGAUAAUGUAGCGAAACCAAUUUAACUCAAUGAGGCUUCUGCUGUUGGUACAACAAAGCACUUAAUACGAACACUCUCAUUUUAAAUAUUCAGUCAUUAACCUAAGAAAGCACUUCACAUUAAGAGGAAAACAGCACCCUGUGCAUAUGUGCCUGUGCAGCAGAACAGAUAACAAAAGAUUAUUGAAAGUUUCUUAGGAUAUUUAUUAAAAAAACCCACACAUCUGAUCUCCCCCUGUGCUCUCUUGAUUGUAAGGCUCAAAACACUUGCAAAUGUUGAAAGCUUGUUUGAUGUUAUAGUAACACUGUGUGCACUGUGUUACAAACAUACACACUUAGCUCUUCCGAAUGAAGACUGAACAAUUUUGGCAAUGGACAUGUCUAUUUGGAAAAAUUUGGCAGCUGAAAUGCAAGCCACUGCCUCUUUCUGCUUUUAUAGCUCGUGUCUUAAAUGAAAUGACUUUGAAGACCUAAGCUCAUCAUUACAUAAUGCACUAAGGACCUGUCCUCUCCUUAAACAAGCUUUAUGUCAUGGCUAUUCUUUUUACUAAGUCAUGCACAGUAAAAACAAAUCUGAGAAGACAGCAAAGUGCACUCUGUCAGAAAAUAUAGCACCAACAGAACUAAUCAGAUGUUACUGGAGUUCCCUGUUCAGCAAAAUGGUGGUCCAAAGAAAGAGCUCCAAACAUUCCUGAUCUCUCAGGUAUCUAAAAACCUGUGGUCGUUGCAGAUGUAGGACCAACCAACGCACAGCAGUGACUAAUCCUAUUGAAGCAAAGACUUCUCUGCCCACAGGUCCAGCCUCCAUCUUUUGGUACAAAGCCUGUCAUGAAUCUCCUACAUAUCUUCACCUUUUCCUGAGAUGAAAAGAGUACUGGAAUGACCUUUGUUAGCAUAAAUAUCAUAAAGUCCUCCAUUUUCAUGCACUGGGUAACUAGAUGGGGUGAAGAGGACUUUUUUCUUUACAGUAUAAUAAAUAAUUGGCCAGCUGGGAACAGACAUGGCUAGAAGCUGCAAAUAAAUACAUAGUCCACUGGGUUAUUCCAGUAUUAGAAUUACCACAGUCCUCUAAGAUUAAAUAAAGAUUGAAUGAUGGAAUACAGAGUAAUCUGUAAAACAUCUGGCACGAUACUCCAUCAGGCUAUUCUUCCUUUGUUGCUGUUUCUUUCAGAGUUAGACAAACACACAAGAUCUAUUUCUGUACAUCCUACCAUAUUUUUUAGAUACCUACGUAGGAUUUCCCAGCCCUUAUCUUUCCAGGUUAUAUGUACAACUAAUACACAUACACACAUAUGAGCUUGAAUAUUUGGAAGCCAGAAGGAUUCUUCAUAUAAUUUGUACAUUAUAUCACAUAUCAUAUUUUGAAAGUGAACUUCUCCUUUAUAGAGAAAGAACAUUUAACAAGUCAGCUACGAGUAUUUUUAGAUUGCCUCUAAUGGUGUUUCUGGGCACUCUUAGUAGACACUAUCAGGACGUGGAAUACAGCGCAUUUGGAGUAAUCACCUUUCAUUCAAACUGAAUAGUGGCUGGGCCAACAAUGAGAAUUCAGAAAAGCUUAAUUAGUCUGGUCCAAGAAAAGCAAUAAAAAUAUGACUCUUGAAGAACCAAGGUGAAAAUUAGAUCC